CAUUUCCAGCCGCCGGACCGCGGGCACCGCGCUCCGCCCCUGCCCCGUCCCCACCGCGCGGUGCCGGGCCGUGCCGGGGGAGGAGCGGCGAGAGACGGAAGUGAAAACAAGAGCGAGGGACGGAGCUGCUGCCUGGCAGACGCGCCGCGGGUGUCUUCGUCGCUCCGCGCCCCGCAGCGCCGGGCUGGGCAUCAAGUCAUUAGUUUGGAUCCUUGAUUACUGAACACCAUGAGCAACUACAGCGUGUCUUUGGUUGGCCCGGCUCCUUGGGGUUUCAGGCUUCAAGGUGGCAAGGAUUUCAACAUGCCCCUGUCCAUCUCUCGGCUUAACGACGGUGGAAAAGCAGCCCGAGCACACGUGGGGAUUGGUGACGUGGUUCUCACCAUUGAUGGGAUAAGUACAGACGGGAUGACUCAUCUUGAAGCACAAAACAAGAUCAAGGCGUGUACAGGCAAUCUGAACAUGACUUUGCAAAGAGUGGCUCCUGCAACAAAACCUGAUCUUAUUCAAGUACCAAAGGGAGAACCUAAAGAAGUAGUUAAGCCUGUGCCUGUUGCCUCUGCUGCUGCAUCCAAAGUCACUGCCAUGGCCAGUGUGGCUUACAAUAAGACCCCGAGGCCAUUCGGAGCUGUGGCCUCCUCAAAAGUCACCUCCAUCCCAUCACCGUCCUCUGCCUUCACCCCAGCCCAGGCAGCACCCAUGCUCCCCACCCCGGCCCCAUUUGCUGCACCAGGACUGCAUGUUAACGCCAAGCCUAAUGCUGAUGGGCGUCCGCCCACGCCGAGCACUGCUAAACCUGCCGUUAAUGUCCCACGGCAGCCUGCCACGCACAAUGCCGCUCCGGGCGGCCAUGUCGGCGACGGCACCCAGGAGCUAGCGGAGGGGCUGCGACGAGGAUUCAGAGAGAACCAGGGUGACAAUAAACAGCAAAAUGGCCCGCCACGGAAACACAUUGUGGAUACCUAUACGGAGUUCUACCACACCCCUACUCACAGCGAUGCCAGCAAGAAGCGGCUGAUUGAAGACACUGAAGACUGGCAUCCCCGGACAGGCACCACCCAGUCACGCUCUUUUCGCAUCCUUGCCCAGAUCACCGGCACUGAUCAUAUGAAAGAACCAGAACAUGAAGGUUCAAAGAAAUCUAAUGAUUCCAUGGAGCCUACCCCACCUGCCACUUACACUGCCACUUCAGUGAGGAAUGUGUCUGCCAGCCACGAAAGCCCAGAUCCUAGAUCUACCCCCACCAACAAUGCCACAUCUCCUUCAGCGCCCAAGCCAACAGGACCCCCAAGCAGUGCCAAGUACUCGGGCUGGCAGCCUCCAAGCCAAGCAGCUCCUGCCAGUGGACGGACAUCAAAUAGUAUUAAAACAUUUGGAACAACUGCUCCGAGUCAAAAGUUUGAAACAGCCCCUCAGCUAACAGAGCAGGACACAUUGGUUCAGAGGGCAGAGCAUAUUCCAGCAGGAAAGCGUACUCCAAUGUGUGCACAGUGCAAUCAAGUCAUUAGAGGACCUUUCUUGGUGGCCUUGGGGAAGUCAUGGCACCCAGAGGAAUUUAACUGUGCUCACUGCAAAACUUCCAUGGCUUACAUUGGAUUUGUGGAAGAGAAAGGGGCUCUGUACUGUGAGGUCUGCUAUGAGAAGUUCUUCGCUCCUGAGUGUUCUAAGUGCCAGAGGAAGAUCCUUGGAGAAGUAAUAAAUGCUUUGAAACAAACUUGGCAUGUUUCCUGCUUCGUGUGUGUGGCCUGUCAUAACCCCAUCCGCAAUAAUGUCUUCCACUUAGAAGAUGGUGAUCCCUACUGUGAGACGGAUUACUAUGCCCUCUUCGGUACUAUGUGCCACGGCUGUGAAUUCCCCAUUGAAGCUGGAGACAGGUUCCUUGAAGCCCUGGGCCACACUUGGCAUGACACUUGCUUUGUAUGUUCGGUAUGUAAUGACAGUUUGGAGGGUCAGACUUUCUUCUCCAAGAAGGACAAGCCACUCUGCAAGAAACAUGCUCACUCUAUCAACAUCUGAUUCUUUGCAGCUCAUCUUGUUUAGCGAAUGUACUGAGCAGAAGGAAAGGUCAAAAUGUCCAUGUUCAAUAAUUGGUUAAAAUUAUUUAUGUAUGCUAUGGUAAAAAUGGAAGAGAAAUGUGGAAAGUUUAGGUGUUUGUAUGCUAUUUUUAAAGUCUUUAUCAGUUAGGGAUUUGCUUCAUAAAAAGAUGGGAACUGGGAAUCAAACCCAAGCCAAACUAUUAGAGUGCCUUUACAUCUGCACUUGGCAUUUUACUGGGUUCAUGACUUUAUGACCACAUUUAUAUAUACUUACAUACGAGAAGGGAAACUUCUCUAAAAAUAAAUACCUGAUACUUAUGUGUUGGUAUUGCUGCUGUUCAACAAACAAAAGGCGAUUAGCUUCAGUGAUCCAGAUCACUUUAUUUUGCUGUUGUUUUUUAAAGUGUAUCUAGAAGUACUGAAGCUAAACUCCAUUAAAAAGGAACUCACAGCAAAAAUAGGCUUACUUGGUAUGUAUGCAGUUCAACAACUGAUAAUUUCAUCUGCGCCUUUAGCAGUGAAGUCUCUGAUGGGCCUGCAGAGUACGUAUGUUUUUACAAAGCAAAUAAGUGUAGGUGGCUACGCGAGCAAACAGGAGUGACUUAGAAGAGGCCACUUGAAAGAAAGCGUAGAUGGCAUGUACUACCAGAACACUAGCCAAAACAAAGUGCUAGUUGAGGUGCAUUUGACAAGACAGAAAUGUCAGAUCAGAUCUUCAGUAUAAGGAAGUGGGAGUCUUCUGUUCACAGCUGAAGUUUUAAGAAGUUUUCAGUACGUCGGGAAGGAAAUCACAUUGAAUCUAUGCAUAAAAGUGUUUAUAACUUGAAUGUGAUGCUUUGGUGUUUAAUGAGGGAAACUUCUGAAAUGCCACUGAGGACAUUGUUUUUCUCUUAGUACACUAUUUAUGACGUAGCUUAUAAAUACAUAUAUAGGUGGUGUGCCAGGUAGUGUACUGAAAACUUAUUUUCUUGCUCUACUGUUAUGAUUUUUAUUAGUUUUGCUUUUUUUCUCUCCUUUCCAGCAGAUGCAAGGAAUAUAUUGUUAAAUAAUGUAACAUUGAGUCAGGCAGUCCAGUAUUUCUUAGUUCUUGCAGGGGAAAGGAGACAAUACUGCCAUUAUGCAUUUAUUGCAAGCCAGGAGAUUUUGCCAAUCCUGUAUGAAUUUCACUUCCACAAAGAGAGUCAGCACGAAACCUGUGCACCAGCUAAUUUGCACUUGUCUUCAAAUUAGGGCUCAAGUGGUAUGGAGUAAUAGUAAGUAUAUAGGGGAGGGGUGAUGACCCUCUGCACGGGGUGAAUUUACUCCAGCAGAGUUGCACAGCAGAGGAUGCCCUCCUGGGGCAAUAUUAGAUUUCUGAUGCAAAACAUUUAUGUGCUAUUAAAUUCAACUGGGAUUUUAGAGCUGAAUUUUGUUAGGCUUUAGUGCCCUUUCGAAUACACAUUCAAAAUGACCAUUUGACCAUUUACUCGGCAGGUUUUUUGUUUGAUUUCUUUUUUUUUGUUUGGAUUUUUGUUGUUGCUGUUUGUUUUUUUAAAUGAUUAAAAAAAAAAGUUUAGACAUAAAGUCAUGGGAAAAAAUACAAAAAAUUACUAUGGUUGAGUAAGAGGGAAAGUCAACAAAAGAGGAGGGGAAAAUGCACCAAAAUUGCUGUACUGAAAGAUGGGAAGGUAUUUCUUUAUAAUUCAGUUAAACGGAUUCACACGAUGGGCUGUUUCACUUUAUUUCCUGAGGAUAUUUUUCUUUAAUACUACUGUUUCAUUUUUAACUUCUGGUGGUAUGGAAGAAAUGUCACAAAGCUGUUUAAGGUGUUUAUACUAUUAUAGAUGUACCCUUCUGUGAGUCUGGCUGAAAAUCAAAAGGGUGGAAGCUGAAUGGAUGAGAUAACAGCAAUGUGAGCCAGCUUACUUUUGAAAAAAGUGGAAUGUGGGAAAACAAGACCUAAGAGCUAGGUGUCCAUACAGCUAUAUUGCACAUGUUUGAGGGGAGAGGAUAGGAAUGCACAGGGUAAGGUGGUAUUUUCUGCAGUUCAAACUUGGCUAUUUCGAAGUAGGAUAGAAGCUCGUCAAUGGGCACAAAGUUUGUCAAUAUUCUUAAGUCAAUUUGAUUUUUUUUCCUUUUUUCUUCUUUUUUUUUAAUUUUAGGUUCAUAAUUUUUAUUGGAUUUAUAUUUCUUAAUUCAUAUGCUCUAGCAUUUGAACUUUCACAGUUAGUGAAUUUGAGGACAAGUGCCUGAAAGGCUCCAGUAGGACUGCUUCAUUUAGCUGCUUUGUGUUUUAGCUUUUGCUAUGUUUAUUUGUUUAAAAUUUAAAAAGGAAGCAUAGAAUCACUGAUAUAUAAUGAAUAUUUAAUGGCUCUCUCAAAUUAUCUAAAUCAACUAAGACAAAAAGGAACAUAUUGUUUAUUGUUAUUUUAAUAAGUGAGAUUUUAGUAGAGCACUUUAUAAUAAUGCCAUAUAUCUCACUGAAUAUUUAUUACUUUUUUGUUGUUUAGGACUAUUUCAUACUGAUUGUUUUAUUUGUCAGCCUGCAUACUUAUCUCUGGAAUCUUUUUGCGUGUCAAUUUGUGUGUAUUUAUGUAUACUUACCUAGGUAUGCACAUGUGUGUACAUUGAGACAUACAUAUUUGUGCGCAUAAGCAUACAUAUAUUUGAUCAAAGACUUGACAUAGCAAAAAUCAGAGCAGUUUCAUUAUCAUUUGAUUUUGCUUGUUUGUUUUUAAAAUUCCCAGCUUCAUAAAAUAGAUCUAUAGCAUUCAUGUUUUGAGGGAUAGUUAGAAAGUCAGGAACCUCUUGUUAGUAACCUAACUCCUGUAGGCUUUUGCAUGCAUUUUCAGCCAGUAAUUCCUUUUUUCUUCCAAAACUGUGUCAAGAGAAUUGGAUUUAACUCUGUUUGAAGUUAGAAGAUCUUUAUAACAAAAUAAUUGGAUCAUGAUGAGUGUUUCAGUAAAUUGUAACUAAAUGAUUCAGAGUUAUGUGUAAAUAUAAUAAAUGCUUAAUAUAACAAUGCAAUAAACUUAUAAACAAAAGUUAA